AUGCAAGUAGGAAGCUCUGUUCUCUCUCAGUGCACUCCUACAGCAUCACCUGCUGGGAACCCCACAAAAACCUGUGCUAACAUACCCCCAAAAAAGCCCCCAAACCCGGCGGGGCAGGCAGGGCUUCAUCCCUCCUCCCACUCAGCCUGGGGUGAGACUCCUCCUGUGCCAGCAGGCUCCGAGGAGCACCUCCACACCGAGAAAAGGAACAAGCUCCCCGCCACCCGGCGCUGCGCACCUGCACCGCCCGCCUCGCCCCCUCAGCGGGCAGGGCCGGGCCGCGGCCGCCGCCUCCCUCCCGCCCCCUCAGCCCCCAGCCCCGGCGGCCAUAAGAGGCGGCGGCGGCGAGCCCGGGCCGGCAGUGGCGGGACGGCCGCCAUGAAGUCGCCUCAGGCGCAGCGUCCGGCGAGCCACGGCUCCGGCCGUCGCCCCGCGGAGCUGCCGGAGGAGGCGGGCGGCUUGGCGGAGGCGCUGGGUGAGUUCGAGGCGGUGCUGGAGGACUUCGCCUGCCCCGCCGGCCGGCGCCGCUUCCAUUACGGCGAGCACCUGGAGCGCAUGAAGCGGAGGAGCAGUGCCAGCACCAGCGACCUAAGCGACUCGGAGAGUGCAGACUCACUCUACAGGAACAGUCUCAGCCUCAGCGAUGAAAAGCUUAACUCUCCAACUGCGUCUACUCCAAGUUUACCAUCUCCAUCAGUAACUCCAUGUAAAGCAAAGCUUGGAGACACAAAGGAACUGGAAGAAUUCAUUGCGGAUCUUGACAGGACACUAGCAAGUAUGUGAAAUGAAUCUCUGGCAUUGUUUGCCUAUGAAUGUCAUCUGAAGGAUAAGUGACAUCAGUCACUGAAAACUGCUGCCCUUGUCUGAUAAAUUUCUUACCCAAGAUACUCAUUGUCUGAACAUAACCUCUGUAAACCCGUACAAGUAUUUAACUGGCAAGCAUCAGUGUUGUUACUUUGCAGCAGGUGGAAUCAUAUAACUUAAAUGUUACAGCUAUAUUUUGCUUUAAAAUAUAGCUUAAAUUUUAAUUUAAAGUUGCUUUUAUGAAAAUAUAUUUGUAAUUUUAUAUAGUUGAGAACUUUUAAUGCUUUUUUCCAUUUAUAAUAUAUUUUUGUAAACAAAUAAACCCUAAACUGGAA